AUGGAUAUUGAGCAAUUCCGCAGAGCUGGUUAUCAAGCCAUAGACAGAAUAUGCGACUACUAUAUCUCUUUAAGGGAUAAGCCUGUCUCGUCCCAAGUGGAACCUGGCUAUCUCAGAAAGGCACUCCCAGUGUCUGCCCCUACGGAGGGCGAGGACUUUCAACUCAUCGCGGACGACUAUCAAAAGUACAUCAUUCCUGGUCUGACACACUGGCAGCAUCCUUCGUUCUUUGCAUAUUUCCCUACAGCAUGUACAUUCGAGGGUAUACUUGCGGAACUAUACGCGUCUAGCACGGCUAACCCUGGAUUCAAUUGGUCUGCGAGCCCCGCGUGCACGGAGCUUGAGGCUGUGGUCAUGGACUGGACCGCCCGAUUCCUCGGGCUUGAUAAGUCGUUCUAUAAUACUACCGAGGUCGGCGGCGGCGUCAUUCAGGUGUGUUUUGCAUUCUCACUUCCGUCACCAAAUGAUAUCAAUCCCUAUGCCGUACACAAGACAUCAGCAUCUGACUCUGCGUUGACUGCAACUGUCGCUGCACGCUCCCGAUAUAUUCGUGAGCAUCCUCACGUGGCUAUGGAGAACCUCGUGCUCUAUACCACUACGCAAACGCACUCACUAGGCAAGAAAGCCGGCCUUGUGCUAGGUCUGAAAGUGCGUGCACUGGAAGUGACAGCAGAAGAUGACUUUGCACUGCGUGGAGAGACAUUAGAAGCGGCACUGAAGGAGGAUGUGGAUGCUGGGCUCCACCCUUUCAUCCUCGUCGCUACAAUUGGUACAACGUCUUCCGGUGCUGUUGAUCGGCUCGGCGAGAUUGGUGAUGUUACAAAACAUUACCCUUCUCUGUGGCUACACGUCGAUGCCGCAUGGGCAGGCGUCGCACUUGUGUGUCCUGAAUAUCGCGAGGCAUGUCAACUUCCCUCCGUCAAUACUUAUGCAGACUCGUUCUGUACCAAUUUCCACAAGUGGGGUCUCAUCAAUUUCGAUGCCUCUUGUUUGUGGGUGCGACACCGGACACACUUGACCAAUGCACUAGACGUCACACCCGAGUUUUUACGGUCGAAGUAUGGGGAUGCCGGCACUGUCAUUGAUUAUCGCAACUGGCAUCUUGGUCUCGGUAGACGGUUCCGAUCGCUUAAAUUUUGGUUUGUUCUGCGUUCCCGUGGGGUUAAGGGGUUCCAAAAGUAUAUAACCGACUGCAUCAAACUCAACGCCAAGUUUGCAGAGCGCAUACGGGAAUCUGAUCAAUUCUGCUUCGUCGCGAAACCGUUCCUGGCACUGACAGUUUUCAGACUUGCACCUAAGUCCCUUCCUCACCUCACGGCUCUCGAGCUAAAUACUCUGAACCGGGAAUUUUACACACGGCUUGCAGCACGGAGCGAUAUUGCAAUCACGCAGACGGAUUUGAAUGGCGUGUUUUGUGUGAGAAUGGCGAUUGGCGCCGAGAUGACAGUGGAAAGGGAUAUUGAUAGGGCGUUGGAUGUGAUCGGGCAGGAAGGACGCGCUACCUUGAGGGAGUGGGAGAGAACGUAG